AUGCAAUUCGCCGCACUCAUCUUCCUGUGCGCGCCCAUCCUCAUCGCGCUCCUCUCCCGGCGGCUCGCCACUGAGUGGCGGCUGCGCAAGCUGGCUAAGGCCAACGGGUGCAAGCCCGUCCGGCAGCUACGCAGCCGUCUACCAUUCGCACUAGACCUCAAGUGGCGCGUCUUCCAGCACCGCGGCAGCAUCCUCGACGACGUCAUCUUCCAGGUGUACCGCGACCAGGGCACGUGGAUCUUCAGCAGUGACAGCACGCUGGACCGGUCCAUCUCAGCCGCCGAUCCGCGCGUCAUCCAAGCCAUCCUAGCAACCCACUUCCGCGACUGGGGGCUGGGCCAGAGCCGCGCGCGCGCGGUGGGCCCGCUGCUGGGGCGCGGCGUCUUCACCAGCGACGGCGAAGUCUGGCAGCACGCGCGGGGCGUCCUCCGCCCGCAAUUCACCAAGGCCCAAGUCAGCGACGUCGCGACGGUCGAGCGCCACGUGCAAGCCCUCUUCGCCGCCAUGGGCGGCGCCUCGCCCAACGGCUGGACGCGCACGCGCAACCUCAUGCCUCUCCUCCUCCGCUUCACGCUCGACAACACGACCGACUUCCUGUACGGCCAGAGCCUGCACUCGCAGACGCACAUGGCCGGCGCGCAUGAGGGCUCACCCGAAGCCCUGCACGCCGCCUCGUUCGAAAAGGCCUUCACCGACGCCAACAGCGGCGCGCAGCUGCGCCUCAAGGCCGGCCCCUUCUACUGGCUCUUCCGCUCGCGCGCCUUCGUCGCGGCCUGCGCGACGUGGCAGGAGCACGGCACGCGCCUCGUCGACGCCGCGCUGGGCCGCGAGAAGCAAGAAAACCGCUACUGCUUCGUCGACGGCCUCGCCGAGAGCACCGACGACCGCGCGCUGAUGCGCGACCUCAGCAUCCAGCUGCUGUUCGCGGGCGAGGACACGUCGGCCAGCCUGCUCGCCUUCACGCUGCGCUGCCUCGCCCUGCACCCGGGGGCGUGGAGCCGCCUGCGCCGCGAGGUGCUCGAGUUCUUUGGGACACAGGCGCAGCCGGUGCGUGAGGUCACGUUCGCGUCGCUCAAGGAGUGCGCACCGCUGCAGAACGUGCUCAAGGAGACGCUGCGGCUGUACCCGCCCGUCCCGAUGAACGCGCGCGAGGCGCUGCGCGACACGGUGCUGCCUGUUGGCGGUGGGCCCGACGGGAACGCGCCGGUUGCGGUGGCGAAGGGGACGGUGGUCAAGUACAGCCCCUACGUCAUGCAGCGCCGCGAGGAUAUCUGGGGCCCGGACGCGCUCGAGUGGAAGCCGGAUCGCUGGGUCGGGCGCCGCGUCGGGUGGGAGUACCUGCCUUUCAACGGCGGGCCGCGCAUCUGUAUCGGACAACAAUUUGCCUUGACCGAGAUCGCCUACGCUGUCGUGCGCAUCUUGCAGCACUUCGACGACAUCCAGGGCGGCGACUUCGAGCCCGCUAUUUCGACGACGUGGAGCACUGCCUUGUUUCCCAAGCAUGGCGUUCCGCUGUCGUUCCACGUGGCUGCGGAGUAG